CCCACCUCGCCUUCUUCCUUUCUUCUCCGGCUCGGAAGGCGGCGAGGUGCUCUGCGUGCACCCCGGCUCGGCUCGGCUCGGCAUGGCUCUCUCCGGCGACGCCGCUUUCCAGAAGCUGCUGGCGUGGCACAAGGCCCACGGCGCCACGCUGGUCCUGCGGCAGCUCUUCGGGGCCGACAAGGAGCGCUUCCACAAGUUCAGCUUGACCUUGAACAGUGAACAUGGGGACAUCUUGGUGGACUAUUCAAAGAACCUUGUGACAGAAGAAGUGAUGAAGUUGCUGAUAGCAUUGGCAAAAUCGAGGGGCGUUGAAAAAGCUAGGGAGCAAAUGUUCACUGGAGAAAAGAUCAACUUCACGGAGAACCGAGCUGUGCUCCAUAUUGCUUUGCGGAAUCGCUCAAAUACUCCAAUAUUAGUUGAAGGCAAAGAUGUAGUCCCAGAAGUGAACAAAGUUUUGGAGAAGAUGAAGACUUUCUGCCAGAAAGUUCGUAGUGGUGACUGGAAAGGCUACACAGGAAAAGCCAUCACUGAUGUGGUCAACGUUGGCAUUGGUGGAUCGGACUUGGGCCCCCUCAUGGUGACUGAAGCUCUUAAGCCAUAUUCCAAAGGUGGUCCCCGUGUUUGGUUUGUAUCUAACAUUGAUGGUACCCACAUGGCCAAAACUCUGGCUGAGCUAAAACCUGAGACAACACUCUUCAUCGUUGCAUCCAAGACUUUUACCACCCAAGAAACUAUCACUAAUGCUGAAACAGCUAAAGAAUGGUUUCUAAGUGCUGCAAAAGAUCCGUCUGCUGUGGCCAAGCACUUUGUUGCCUUGUCUACCAAUGGGCCUAAAGUUAAAGACUUCGGAAUUGACACUCAGAACAUGUUCGAGUUUUGGGAUUGGGUUGGUGGCCGUUACUCACUGUGGUCCGCCAUUGGCCUCUCCAUUGCACUGCAUAUUGGUUUUGACAAUUUUGAGAAACUGCUUGCUGGAGCCCACUGGAUGGACAAUCACUUCCGCACCACUCCGCUGGAGAAAAAUGUGCCUGUGUUGCUGGCAAUGCUGGGGAUCUGGUAUGUCAACUGCUAUGGGACUGAAACUCAUGCACUUCUGCCAUAUGACCAGUAUAUGCACCGUUUUGCAGCUUACUUCCAGCAGGGAGACAUGGAAUCUAAUGGGAAAUACAUCACCAAGGAGGGCACUCGUGUAGACUACAAUACUGGGCCAAUUGUGUGGGGUGAGCCUGGAACCAAUGGGCAGCAUGCCUUCUAUCAGCUGAUUCAUCAAGGAACACGUAUGAUCCCAUGUGACUUCCUAAUCCCGGUCCAGACGCAGCACCCUAUCAGAAAAGGCCUGCAUCACAAGAUUCUUCUGGCCAAUUUUCUUGCUCAGACAGAAGCCUUGAUGAAAGGGAAGACCUCGGAUGAAGCUCGUAAGGAGCUGCAGGCUGCAGGGCUUACUGGAGAUGCUCUGGAGAAGCUUCUUCCACACAAGGUCUUCGAAGGAAACCGCCCAACCAAUUCCAUUGUGUUUACUAAACUUAACCCAUUCAUUCUUGGAGCCUUGAUUGCCAUGUAUGAACACAAGAUCUUUGUUCAAGGAGUUGUGUGGGAUAUUAACAGCUAUGACCAGUGGGGUGUUGAGCUUGGAAAGCAACUGGCAAAGAAAAUUGAGCCAGAACUGGAAUCUGAUGAGCCAGUAACAUCGCAUGAUGCCUCCACCAACGGUCUGAUCAAUUUCAUCAAGAAACACCGAGCCUGAUCCAAGAGUGGGGAGACCCUGACAAUCCAACUGCCAACACCCAGAUCGAUGUAGUUUCUGCUUUGUUAACAAAAUGGCACCUUUUCACCAGUUCUGGCCUCUUUUCACGUGGUAGUUAUUGAUGGUUAGCUUUGUUUUGCAUUUUAAGUGUUGUUGCAAAUGAAACCUUUUUUUAAUCUUGCGAGACCUGGAAAUGUUGUUUUAGUGACUGUUUGUGGCAGCUGAAUUAUAACUGUUGGGUUCUGUGUCCCUCACUUCUUCCUCUCGGCUCCAGCUAAACAUUGUAAUGCCUAGAUGGAAAUGGCAUAACGAGGCAGCAAAGCUCCUUUCUCCCACACUAUGUCUUGUGAAGCCAGUGCAAGUGUAAGACCCCCAGCCUUACUUGUGCAAGAUUAUACCAGAAUUAACCAAA